AUGGCUACAACAAACGGUGCUAUGGGACACCAUGCGUCCUCGAACGAUGCGAUUGCACACACUGACUCGAAGAACGAGCUUCACCGCACGGUGACCCAACUUACAAUCACACCCGAGAUGUUCGAGAAGUUGUAUCUCACGCCGAAAACCCCAAGAUCUGGAGACAACGUGAAGCGUUUCGCGAAUCCCACACCGAUGGGCUUUGUAGGCUUUGUCAUCUCAACAAUGUCUUUCUCGAUGGUCCUCAUGGGGUGGGGCGGCGCUAAUGGUGCCAGCGCUCUAGCGGGAAUGUUUAUGUUCGUUGGUCCCGUGCUACUCAUACUCACCACAAUAUUUGAAUGGAUCAUGGGCAACUUCUUCCCCAUGAUGGUUUGUUCCUUGUUCGCAGUUUUCUGGCUCUCAUUCGGGUUCCUGCUACUCCCAACACUCGAGCUUUCAGCUGCUUACUCUACAACGGGCUCUGCUGCCGAAGGGUCGGUGAGUCAAGCGUACAAUGCCGCAUUGGGCCUCUAUCUCAUCGUCUGGGGGUUUGCAUUGUUUACAUUCUGGAUCUUCACUCUCAAAACCAACAUCAUCUUUGCCGGUAUAUUCUUCUUCGUCACCGUGGGCGCUUGGAUACUUAGUGCUGCAUACUGGAAAGUCAGCCAGGGGAAUUUCGAUCAGGCCAUGAAGUUGCAAAAGGCGGGUGGCGCUAUGUUGUUCAUCGUUGGACUGCUGGGCUGGUAUAUGACCUUCGUUAUCAUGGCAGCAGAGAUGAGACUCGCGGUGAAUCUACCUGUCGGAGAUCUGUCUCAUUACUGGCAUAAGACGGACGUUGAGAUGGCCGUGGCUGAGAAAGAGAAUUGA